AUGGGAAAUAGUGAUUCCAAGCUUGCUAUUUACAAAGCACAUCUAGCAAAACUUGCAGAUGUAAAUGAUAUACCAAUUUACUCCUCUUUAACUACGUCCCAGGCAGCUUCUCUGUUUUAUAAACGUGAUUUAAAGCGGGACGCGGGAGGGGUAAAAGGGAAACGGCCGAUAGAGGAGCAGAAUCAGCGGCAAAAUGGCCUAAAGAACCAAGGAAAUUACGAUGAUUUAAAAAUCUCUUCGUAUAACUUGCAAGAUACGGCUUCAUGUACAUCUGCAACCGCGGAUACAGAACCGAACCUCUCGAGGGAACGGUAUAAUGAGUUUUUUGCUUGUUUAGCCAAAGAACAGUUCAGCGCUGAAGAUAUAUACUCGCUGUUGACUGUACAGGAGUUAAGGCACAUAUUUACCUCGAACUCUAGGAACUACCAAAAUUUUGUUCGUUUUGCGUGUUUUAAGGUGUGCUCCUUGACCGCUAAGAUGCAGACUAAACAAAAAGAUUGGGCAUCCUUUCAGGAUAAUUAUAAUGAAUUACUCAACUGUGUUCGCAUUUUAACUAAAAUACUCCCAGUAUUUUUUGAAACAGAUACUGAACAGGUCUUGGAAGAUGCAAUUAUGUGGAGUCGUAAUAGCAGUGAAAUUUUGGGUUUCAACACAAGGUCUGCAUCGACUACCGCAGCAACUGUAGGGGCAACUGUAUCCUCUGCUGGUGUUGAAAAUGGUUUACCAGGGUACACAAUUGAGAGCCCCCAAAUGGAAGGUGUAAGCCCUGUUCUGCAUGAUGAUCCACUUGCUGCCGGUUCGGCAAAUUCGCUUCAUGUUGCAGUCGGAAAAUACUCUGCAGCUGAAACUGUUUUACCACUUGGUGUGCUACUUAUGGAAUCCUGUAUAAAUCUUUUGUUCAUGGAAGGUUUUACGCUUCCUAUAGAUAGCCACAACAAGAAAAACGUUGACACAUCCUCACCAAUGCCAACAGACUUUUACGGUAAAAGUUAUGGUCGUGUUUCAUUUUUACUAUGGGAAAAGGGCAUCAGCAUUGCAGAUUAUACAGAGGAGCCUCCUAAUCCGAUGUUAGAUUCUCAUAGAUUGGAAGUUUUGCGUUUGAUAUUGACAUUAUGUUCAAAGAAUUUGUACCAACCAGACUGUAUUAAUAAAUACCUACUGGUGUUGUGUACAACGAUUUCCGAAUACAGCACAAUAUGCGUUAUAUCUUCGAUGAUUAACCUAAUCUGUAAAUACUGUGAGAAGCCGGAUACUGAUCAUUAUGCGCCUCAUUAUCAACCUACAUUAACGAAAAGUUCACAGCUAAAUGCUUUAAGGAAGUCACUUGUGAUGACCUGUUUCUCCGUGCUAAAUAUCAUGCUGAACUUCCGUUUAGCAAGUGAAACAGAGAGCCCUGGUACGUACAAAUUUCUUUAUUCACUAAAUGUAUUUGCAGUGGGUCAGAUUCUAAACCAUGUUCCUAAAGCAUAUUUGUCAUCCCUUGAGAAGGAGUCUGAUAUGAACUUGAUACUCUACUCAUUGGCUAAGGUAAUUAAAAGUCCAAUGGACAUAGCAGUUGACCAAGAAUGUAACCCUUUUAAUUGGACGACGCCGAAAUCGUCAGAUUCUCGCGGACUGAAACUAUUGUCAGGCUUGAAAUCAACAUCUCAAGGAAAGAGUCAUUCGUUAAGCGGUAGUCCUCAAAGUAAAAGAGGUACUCCAUAUGAAUCGCAUAGUACUAUACCACCGGACAGCGCAGGUAGCACCGGUAGUGUAAGUUUUAAUCACUCCUCUGUCGACAUCUUUUCCUUAAAUCUACAGGCAAUAGUGUUGAUGUGGGAAUUAAUGAAAUGUAGUAAAAAGUUUGAGGAAUAUGUUGCAGACAAAUAUGGUAAUAGGUUGGUUGUUAUUUCUGUGUUUUAUAUGAAAUACUACAAGGACUUGCCAGAGCAUACGGGGACAUUGCUCCCUUUAAUUGGCGGCUUUGCAACUUAUUUGACUUCUAAAAACUUGAUAUUAUACAGAAUGAUGGAUCCAAUCGACUUGAACUAUUAUUCAAACAAAAUACCGAACAUGUUCAAAUUAUCCGCCACUAACAUUAAUACAACCACCUACCGAGAUUUUUGCGUCGUACAUCUCUCCAAUAUCGCCGCACAACAAAUUAAAAAGCGUCUACCUUUGAAGCCAUGCAUUUUAGAGUUGAUCUACAAUUUGUUGCCGCUUUCACAUGAAUUUACAGAAAGUGAGUUGGAACAAAUAUCUACUUCCCGUAGGUAUACCCAGCCGGUAGGGUUAAGCUACCAGGCUGCUACAGGAUUAUCGUUUUUACUUUCUAAGAUGGCUAAUAUGGAUUACAUAUCCUUGCCAUCAAAGGACGAAAACAAUGUGAUUCCGAAAGCAUAUUCAUAUUCAUCAGGAGCUAAACUAGACAAUUUGGCACUUUUUUUACGUGCGAUUUUAACAUACAUCAUCUACUAUUAUCAAGACUCUAAGAACCUAUUGUUCACUCUUUGUCGCCAUGAGAAGAUUAUCUAUCAAUUGAAUGACAUUAUUCAAGAGUACUCGGAAGGCUUGAAUGCAAAUGACCUGAGAAACUUGUAUGCGCCCCAGGAAAGCGACCAAGAUGAUGUAUUAAUUGAUAUGGAUGUUAUGAAUCAAUUAGGCGCGCCAAAGUCUACAUUUCCUGGACAAACAAGCCUAUAUUUCCGUCAAGAGAGUGACAAAUCUAACACAGAUCAAAAGAGUGACGGCGAGGUAGACUAUUCAGAAAGCGAACUUGAUUCUAUAGAUGAACAGAAAACACCCGAAGGAUAUUACGAAAACCUUACUGCUGGAGGAAAGUCAGUUAAAAUAUAUGAACAUCUGGAUUACAGUGAAGAUACUACUUUGAAAAGCACGAAGCUCUAUUUGAAUCUAAGACCUAUCUGGCCAGUCGGGUUAACUGUGAAGGGUAAGUGGAAAACUAAACUGCAUAAGCCUCUUUACGUUGGCUGGAUCGGAGCGCCAACUUUAUUCCUACUUAUGAAGGUUGUUCAGAUAGUUAAUAAUGAAUUCCCACAGAUAGCCCACAUAAAAAGUAAAGAGUACUAUGAUUUAUUGAAGCAUAUUGGUGCGUGGGAGCCAACCUUUCAAGACUACGUGAAACCACUUUUGUCUCCUGAGAUAUUGGCAAUGAAUGAAAGCUAUAAAUCAUUAGACCUUGACUGGGACAGCAACGCGGUUGCAAGUAAAUGGUAUCGCUCCGUUAUUUGGAGCAAUAUAUUUAAUGCGAAUAGCGUCCCUUAUUUGAACGAACCCCUAGAUCACAAGGAAAGCUCAGAGGCUAUUACAGAUGUAGACAUAGUACAAACACCUAGCCAGCGAGGAUUCCCAGAGGUAAAAAUCCAAUCGGAGGGGCCCACAUUAACUACGACCAACAGUAAUAGUAGCUCUUUGGCAUAUUUUGACGGUGACUACUUCGCAAAUAGUGUCCGCUCUUCACCUAGCUACUGUGGAAUAGUAGAAAGAAAGGACAGCAGCAGCGCCAGUAUUAACAACAUCGGCUUGACCGUUAAUAACAUGAAAGCUGCCGAAAAACUUGCAAACCCUAAGAAGGCAAGUAGUUCUCUGUUCAAACUGUCUUGGCUUGGAUUUGUGAAAAACGAGUCAAGUGAUGCAAUUGACGAGGAAUUCCUGGCUACCAGCACCAACACAAGUCCAGGAAAGAGGCAGUUUGCUCUGGAUGCUGGUGUGCUGAAACCAAACAUUUGGGUAGGAACGAGGAUUGCGAUGUUUAAAGUUAAACGUGAGGCAAAGGAAGAGUUCUCGCUGAUAGAAUUGACAGGCUCGUUCUUCAGACAUCUGAGAACCCAUUCAAGUGCAAAUAACACAGACACUCCUAACAUACGCUACACAUAG